AAGGCGGUAAUGGCAAUGACGAAGGUGUUGGGGGAAGUGGUGGUGAUCCAAUGAAUUCUGAAGGAAGGCAGCAAACCUUUGUAGAUGUUGAAAAUUUGGAACUUAGGGCUGAAGCUAAACAACCACUAGAACUUACCGACGCCCAAAGAGAAUUGCACAAACUGGCAAUGCAAAAACGACUUGAACAAAUCAACAUGACUCAAGAAGAUUUUGAGUUGUAUCGUUCAUAUAAAGCCAAUGUUCAACGUGAAAUUCGAGAACUCCAUGUAAUAUUGGAAA